AUGCGCAACACUCUCAUUGCCGCCUCACUCGCCGCCGCCGCUUGUGCUUUCUCCCAGAGCGUGGCCUCGCCCGUCGAAAGGCGCGUCACCGCACCGGGCAAGUGCCAGCAGGCGGGCACGGGCCGCUUUGGCACGUUCAGUGUGUCGCCCAGCAGCAACGUUGUCCGCAACCAGCCCAUUACGAUCCACUAUGAGCAGGACUGCGCCAAGGCGGCCAAUGUGUACCCCAAGCAGCUCACCGUGACCAUCGAGGGUGGAGGCGGCGACCCGCUCCAGUCCGUGGCCUCACUGCCAAUUCCUGCCCAGGAGCUUGGCAAGCCCAUCACGCUGGAGACGAGCGUCCCCAACGGCCCGCUUCCCUAUGGUGAUGGCAGUGGCCUCAUCAUUGCGGGUACCAUUGAGUACACCAAGCAGGGCGUCGCCGAUGUCACGUACCUGUACCGCUUCAGCCAGCCCUUUUCCAUCAACGAGACAGCUCCGCCCUUCUCGGGCCAGUCGUAGCGUUGGUUUCAGUUCCAUUUCAUCCUCUUCUUCCAUUAGCCACUCUCAACUUUAGCGAGUAAGGUCCAUAAUUGCGCAAGUCCAAUCGCGCAAGCUGAGACCGGGGAUUUCAACAGCCUGUGCCGUGCCCUUCUAAUGUAAUGACCGUCAACCCCAUUUCCAGCAUUGUUGCAUUGUUACACUGCUUGAUG